AUGGUGAUCAGGAGGGGAGCUGUUCUUUUGAAUUUGCACGGGAUUGCUGUUUCAUGGUUUCUGUUGCUUCGGUCAUCGACGGCGCCUUGCAGAAGCUCUUUGUUGACCAGGAUACUGAAUGCAUACUCCAAAGUCCCUCAAAAGCCUAAAGCUUCAACCAAAAGCAGUGAGUUUGAGGAGUUGGAAGCUGUUCCAACAUCAGCUGUUGUGGAAGGUCCUCUGGAGCCACCACCAACAUCUUCUGCAGCUGCUGCUGUUCCUGAUGUUUCUGAUGAUUCGUUUGUGAACUUCUUCAGUACAGCUACAAAUAUUGGAAAUAUAUCAAGUUCAACAGUUACUGGACAACAACAGCAAUCUUCUGCAGCAAUUCCUUCAUCUUCCCAUGCACCUAAUGUCAUUCCAUCUCCCGCGCCAACCCUGCAGUCUGCCCUUUCUCUGCCAACUUCAACCCCUCCUCUAAUGCCACUCCUUGAUGUUCAUGAAUCUAGCAGCAAUAUUAAUCGUGCAACAAAUCUGGUCAAACCUUCAUUUUUUGCACCUGCCCCCUCAUCUUCUUCAUUAAUGAUGCCACCAUUAGCAUCUUCUAUGCCCACCGCUCCCCCACUUCAUCCUUCUCUAACCAUGCAGCGUCCGUAUGGCACUCCAUUGCUUCAACCAUUUCCCCCACCUACUCCACCUCCAUCUCUUACUCCUACCCCUAACUAUGGUUCAGUUAUUACAAGAGACAAAGUCCGGGAUGCGCUGCUGAAGCUUGUGCAGAAUAACCAAUUUAUUGAUAUGGUGUACCGGGAGAUGCUGAAUGCACAUCAUUCAUAAGACUGAAGAGUGGGUUUUAAGAGUUGUGCCUGCUUUUGGUUACGCGUGGUUUCUUCAUAUCCUGUGCUUGUAGGAUGCUCGCUUAUAUGGCUUUUGUAAGUUUUUUCUGUACUCAUCGGAGCCUCCAUUUUAUACAAUUUUUUUUUUUUUAUACAAAUACCAGUAGUGACAUUAUACAGAUGUUCAUUUUGGGGCUUGUGAUCUGAGUAUUUUUCAUUAUUUCAACACCUGAUUGUGGAGCAUAUAAAAAAUUGAAAAAUAACAGGUGUUAUGGGCUGCUCA